AUGACUGCAGAUUCACCACAUCCAACCACCGAUACGCAGACGGCUCUCAUUGCCGGCCCCGAAUCCCUCGCCAAGCUGGCCACGGGGGCCGGGGAUCCCCGGAGCACCGGGAGAGUGAACACUCACCUGUGGCUGCCGACGAUCCUUGGGAAACCUCCCACCGCCAGGCGGAGGGGAACGGCCGUGCGUUGCUCAGGGCGGCUAGGAAGUAGGGCCCUGCCCAGCCCCAACCACUCUGCUCCGUGCUCACGGCCCCAGGACGGCGGUGGUCAACCGUCACCAGCCCUCAGUGCUGCUUCAGCUCGUCAAGAAUUUGAAGGCAAACCCGUCAGGGUCACUUCCGGUGCUGGGGGUGGCCUCGGCGACUCCAGCGCACGCGGGGCGACGCCCCGGGAGCGAGGACGCCGGGCGGCGUGCGCGCGCCGGGCGCCAGGCACCGGGAGGGGAGCUGGGCGGGGCUGGCUGGGGCGCGCCUGCGCAGUCCGCACCGCCUCCUGGCGGCGGUCGAGGCGGAGAAUAGGGAUGCAAAUCACGAUGUCUCCACCAGAGAAAAUGGAAGCUAUCAGAUUGAAAUUCCCUCAACUUGCUCCCUGUGGCAGAGACUAUCAUCUGGCCACCAAAUACUCAUUUUCUUUACUCAGUAACAGAACUAAGCUUGAUGGAAUUGGGCCAUCUAGAAUGCAGACUACAUUUCCAGACUCUCAUGCAGGUGAGAACAGGGAACAGAUGGAUAGAAAUAAGAAGCCAGCUGCUGAUGUAAGUCACCUAUAGGAUAUAAGCCAUAUGAUGAAGGUAGCAGAAUUGAACAGACGAAGUGUGGGCUGACUUUGUGGAGCUGCCAUACCUGCUAUGGACUGCCAACUCCAGGUGCAAUGUAAUUGGGAGUCCCGACCAAUGAAUGCGCAAGACAUCGCUGGUGCUGGCGUGCAGCUCUCCGCUCUAGCGGCUUUAAUCUAUCUCCACAUCGACAGUUAGAGGGGUCACCCCACUCAUUACUGAA